GCGGAGGGGGCGGUGCUCCUGCCGGCUGGCUCGGGAUGUGUUGGACGCCGUGGGACGCUGUGGGGUCCAGAGACCGGCUAGUGCCUGCUGGAGGGAGGCUCCUGCUGUCAUCCGGGGAGACCAUGUCCAGGUCCCCGGACUGUCUGCCGUGGCUGCUCCGGAGCACCCCGAGGCAGCGGGGCUGCACCCUGUUCAUCAUCGGCUUCAAGUUCAUGUUCCUGGUCUCCGUCAUGAUCUACUGGCACAUCGCGGGGGGGCCCAGGGGCCAAGGACGCUUCUCUAACCUGCCUGUCGACGUCCCCUGCCCCGACCUGGCGCCGCCCACGCGGCACCCCAGCGCCCCACCUCCGGGCAACAUCUUCUUCCUGGAGACCUCAGAGCGGACCGCCCCCAGCUUCCUGUUCAUGUGCUCGGUGGAGUCGGCCGCCAGGGCGCACCCCGAGUCCCGGGUGGCGGUCCUGAUGAGGGGGCUGCCCGGCGGCAACGCCUCCCUGCCCCAGCACCUGGGCUUCUCGCUCCUGCGCUGCUUCCCCAACGUGCAGAUGCUGCCGCUGGACUUCGAGGAGCUGUUCCGGGACACGCCGCUGGUGGCCUGGUACGUGGCCGCACGGCGGCGGUGGGAGCCCUACCUGCUGCCCGUGCUGUCCGACGCCUGCAGGCUGGCGCUCCUGUGGAAGUUCGGGGGCAUCUACCUGGACACAGACUUCAUCGUCCUCAGGAGCCUGAGGAACCUGACCAACACGCUGGGCAUGCAGUCCCGCUACGUCCUCAACGGCGCCUUCCUGGCCUUCGAGCGCCGCCACGAGUUCCUGGCGCUGUGCAUGCGGGACUUCGUGGCCCACUACAACAGCUGGAUCUGGGGCCACCAAGGCCCGCAGCUGCUCACGCGCGUCUUCAAGAGGUGGUGCUCCAUCCGCAGCCUGGGCGAGAGCCGCGCCUGCCGGGGCGUCACGGCCCUGCCCUCCGAGGCCUUCUACCCCAUCCCCUGGCAGAGCUGGAGGAAGUACUUCGAGGACGUGGGCCCCGAGGAGCUGCCCCGGCUGCUCAGGGGCACCUACGCCGUGCACGUGUGGAACAAGAAGAGCCAGGGCACGCACCUCGAGGCCACGUCCGGGGCGCUGCUGGCCCAGCUCCACGCCCGCUACUGCCCCACGACGCACAAGGCCAUGAGGAUGUACCUGUGAGGGGCCUGCCCGCACCCAGCAUGAGGAUGGUGGGGAGGGGCGCCCGGCCACUCUUCCUGGG